AUGUCGCUCGAGUUGGUGGGCCUGCAUGCGAUGUCAAAGGCGAUUCAGUAUCGGGUGUUAAUCAAAUGCGAGGCGAUCGAUCUGGAGUUGCACGACCUAGAGCAGCGCACUACUGGGACGCAUGAUCACGAGAAGGCGUACGAGAGCGCGGCAUCCGAGCUGGCGCGGGAGCACAACAGGACGGAGGAGCUCGAGGCCCAGGUCGGCGAGCGCGACAAGAAGGUCGAGGCCCUGCGCGCGGCGGUGGCACGCGCCCAGGCGGCGGCGCAGUCGGAUGGCACCGAGCUGGCGCGGGAGCGCAGCAGGGCGGCACAGCUCGAGGCGGAACUGAAGCAGCAGAAGACGAAGGCUGAGGCGGAACUAAACCAGCAGAGAAGGUCGGUGUCGAUGCUCGGCGCCGAGAUCUCGCGGGAGCAGCACUCCCUGGCGGAGCAGAAGGCGGAGGCGGACCGGGAGAGGGCGAGGGCCGAGAGGGAGCUGGGCCAGCAGAAGGCCAGGGCCGAGGCAGAGCGGAGCCAGAGGGCGAGAGCAGAGGCGGACUUGGACCAGCAGAAGAGGUCUGCGGCGCUGCUCGGCGCGGAGCUCUCGCGGGAGCGGCGCGCGCUGGCGGAGCAGAAGGAGCUGCGCGCCGCCGACAUCAAAGUUGCCUUGGACGGCGCGAGAGCGCCCAGGCCACCAACAGGGUCUUCGUCGCCAAGCUGGCCAGGGACUCCCAGGCCGCGGAGGCGGCCGCCAGGAGCUACAGCCAGAAGGUCCAAGCUCUUCAGACCGAGGCCGCGAAGGCGACCACCGAGCUGUCCGGGCGCCUAG